UAAUCUCAAAAAUUAAACAAUGUAAUUUCAAAAUACAUCUAUUAUAUCAAUGCAUGCAUUUAUAUUAUAGUAAUUCAUAAUAAUACAAAGAUUUAACAUACGCAACUUCCAAACGACCAUAUUAUCAUUUUGGUGGCAUUAUAUUUUGUGAGGUUGAAUCUAUGCGUUUCAACCUGAAGUUCUUGAGCUCUGUUUAUCUAAUUACUUUGGUUAACAAAUAGGAGCUGUCCAUUUUAUGAUAAUAAAAAAAAAGAUUUUCAAUUUACAAAGCGCUUCUAUUUCUUCUUCCUAUUUCCAUCUUUGACUUUGGUUUUCAGACUGUGCGCGUAUAACACUUUUCGUAACACCACAACCAUUUUUCUGACCAAAGUAUUAUUAGUUUUAGACUCAAAAUGGACAAUAUAUUGGCUAUAAAAAAAAGAGAUUGGGAUGUUACAAGUAACACCAGCAUAUGUACACUUACCUAUUGAAAGAUGUUGGAGUGAUUCUCAACGAGGGCGUUCAGUUUUAAGAGGGUGUAAUCUAAAAAAAAAAAUUGUAAUAAUCGCACACCUACAAAGCAUGAGAGAUCCAUGGUGUAAAAGAAACAAUCCAACAUUAGAGUGAAUGCCUUCACAGAUGCUUUUAGGCCGCUGCCUAACUAGUUUUAGCUAAAGUAUCGUCGACUGAUUAAGGAAGCUACGUACAAAUGCUUCCAGCGUGGAAGCUUUGAUGAGGAAUCAAAACCGAAAAAAAAAAAAAAGAACAGAUGCUAAACCAACAGCAGCAAGCAAUCCCUAGCUAUUCUCUAACCCUUUUGCUUUAAUUUUGCAUUAGACAGAUUCCUGCCCAUCAUCUGAUGAUUCCCUUCCCUUUACAACAACCACCCUGACACAUUACAUCCUGAUCUCCAUAUAGCUCCUCCCUCCCUGCACCUCGAUCUCCAUUCUUCACUCAAUUAGCAGCGGAAGUGCUAAUUAAGUAUAUAUAUUAUCAUCAAUUCGAAGAAAUGGACGCGGUGGUGGUUUACAGGCGAUCGGCGUCGAGGCUGACGAUCGGAGCUCACCUGUUCGGGGUCCUGGCAAUCGUUCUGAUGCUGAUAUGGUUGCUGCACUACCGUGGCGGCAUUGAGUACGACUCCGACAACCCUGCUCGCGUCUUCAAUGUUCAUCCACUCCUCAUGUUCUGCGGCUUCAUCUUUCUCGCUGGCCAAGCAAUGAUGGCGUACAAGUCCGUGCCGGCAGCCAAAGAAGCACAGAAGGCCGUACACAUGGUGUUGCACUUAAUCGGAAUAGCACUCGGCAUCGUCGGAAUAGCCGCGGUGUUCAAGUUCCACGACAUGAUAGGCGCGGAAGACAUGUUCAGCCUCCAUUCUUGGAUUGGGCUCACCACCUUCAUCAUGCUGGGCCUCCAAUGGCUGUUGGGCUUUUUCACCUACAUGUUCCCCAAGGCCAGCCUGGGCACGAGGUCCAGAAUGAUGCCGUGGCACGUCAGCUUCGGCAGGGCGCUUCUGUACAUGGCCGUCGCGGCGGCGCUGACGGGGCUCAUGCAGCGGGAGACGCUUCUCAACCUCCGUGGGCACGCCGAGUCCCGGCUCAUCAACUUCACCGGACUUUGUAUCUUGCUCUUCGGCAUUUUUGUCGAUCUCUCGGUGGCACUUGCUCACCACGCAUGACCGGCCGGCGAGGGUUUUCCGGCGGGGGAGUUUGGAAAUGUGAUUUGAUCAUCGAUUCUUUUUUCGUACGUUGAUGGGGACAGGGGUUUGUUUAAUUUGUUUUCAUGGAGUUUUCGACCCGAAUUGAAUGUGUGUUGUUGAGGAUGAUUUUUCACUUUGUCUGAGUUUUCUUUCUCGAGAUUUGAAUGUGUAGUGAAUUUGGAUUUUAUGUAUCGCUAAGUAAUUUCGAAAUGUUGAUUCACUGUGAUAGAUGAUGGGCUCGUUGUUCUUAAGCGAACCAUAAUAGUCAAAGAUAGAAUCAUGAUUUAUGAUUAUUAAAGUUUGUGGAAAAUUAUAUGAUAAUGAGCAAGACAAUCCUUUGUUCUACAUCGAUUGAAUAUGAAGUGAAAACCCUUUCGGGAGGUAUCAGGUCGAUUGAAGAGUAUGAAUCCGAGUGUAUUAAUGUCAAAUUAUAUUGUUAGGUUUUUGUUCGUUCGAUCAAAUAUGUCUGGACUAGGUAAUCUUAGUGAUAUGAGACAUGGAUUGGUUGAAUGGUGCCCCUUCUCAUAUUAAACCCUCAAAUUGAAUAGAUUUGGAGAAGGAAAAACGCUAAGGUAGAGUAGGUUGCCCGUUCUUUAACUAGAUUCUCCCUUACGGAUAACUUGAUCAAUAUUAGAUGAUGUUUAUCAUUUAAUCUAAUUAGGUAUCUAUCGUAAUUUCUAGUGGAAUAAAGUUGACCUUAUUGU